AUGUGUCGUCUUUUAGUGCCCUUAUUAAUUGCGCUGUGCGUAGACUUGGGAUUUUGCUAUGUUAACCUUGCCGAUAUAGAAUGCGGGGUGCAAACUGCGCGAAGGGGGCGCAUUGUGGGGGGGUCGGACAGCGCGCCAGGGGAAAUCCCCUGGGCUGCCAGUGUCUGGCGCCAGGGGACGCAUCAGUGCGGAGCGACGGUGAUCAACGACAGAUGGCUCCUGACGGCCGGUCACUGCAUUUGCAGCGUAUUUGACGAGUUCUACAAAUCUAAACAACUGACGGUGGUGGCUGGUUAUACAGACCUUUCAAGCAACGAUGUGAACCAACCACUGUCAAGGAUUUUGCCACACCCUGACUACAGAUGCAACAGAAAGCCAAAUGACGUAGCUCUCUUGAAAACCCUCCGGCAACUAGUUUGGACUAGUGAACUGCGACCCGCCUGUUUACCUCAAUCUUCUUCAUCGGAUUUCAGCGGGAUACAAGCCAUCGUCGCAGGUUGGGGCUUCACCAAUGAGGACCGGGGUAUAGGCACCAGGCCAAACAUUCUACAAAAGACUGACGUGGUUGUUGUCACCAACGACGAGUGCAACAGCUGGUACGAAUCACAGGGUAGCAAAGUGAAGAUUGUCUCCACUCAAAUGUGUGCUGGACACGAGCAAGGGGGCAGAGACUCUUGCUGGGCUGACAGCGGUGGUCCUUUGAUAGUGCGUGGUAAUAAAGGCCAUUCUAUGGUCGUUGGUGUGGUUUCGACAGGCAGCGGCUGUGCUAGGGCAAAAAUGCCUGGAAUAUAUACUAGAGUGUCCAGGUAUACGAACUGGAUUGUUGAAAAUGUAAACAGUGAUGAUACGAGAGCCGGUUUCAGAUUGUUCCCAAGAAGAGGA